GCGGGGUAUGUCCUGGCUGGAAUCUGAGUGGGAAUCCCGAUGGGAAAGCGAAUAUCGCGGCGGCGGCGGUGCUUGGUUUCUGUUGAUGGGGAAGACAAACAACAACAACAACUUAAGACCCCGGCAACACGAUGACUGCCCCCGGCUUCGGAGCACCGAUCUGGGCCGCUCUUCUCGUCAUCCACCAGGUGACGGCGGAGUACGGCAUGGCUCAUUUCAGUGACGACAGCAAAGGGAAGGAUUACUGCAUCUUCUUCAACUCUCAGUGGGCGCGUUUGCCUCAGGACCUCAACAAGGCAUCGCACCUUCAGCUCUACGACCUGACCAAUUCCGUCCUGUGUUCGCCCGCGGACGUCCCGGAGGGGGGCUUCCCCAACCGCAUCGCCAUGGUGAUGAGGGGCAACUGUACCUUCUACGAGAAGGUGCGCCUGGCCCAGAUGAACGGCGCAAAGGGCCUGCUCAUCGUCAGCAAGGACAGACUGACGCCGCCUGCAGGAAACAAGACUCAGUACGAAGAGAUUGACAUCCCCGUCGCGCUGCUCAGCUACUCUGACAUGCUGGAGAUAAGCAAGACGUUCGGCAAGGGCAGGCUGGUGGCCAUGUACGCUCCAAACGAGCCGGUGCUGGACUACAACAUGGUCAUCAUUUUUCUCAUGGCCGUGGGAACUGUUGCCGUGGGCGGCCACUGGGCUGGCAGCAAGGACCGCAAGAAGCGCUACAUGAAGCACAAGCGCGACGACGGGGCCGACAAGCAGGACGAGGAGACGCUGGACGUGACGCCCAUCAUGAUCUGCGUGUUCGUGGUCAUGUGCUGCAGCAUGCUGGUCCUGCUCUAUUUUUUCUACGACAGUCUGGCCAUUUGGGUCAUCGCCAUUUUCUGCUUGGCGUCAUCCGUGGGCCUCUUCAGCUGCUUGUGGCCUUUUGUGCGCCGUCUUCCUUUCUGCAAGUGCAGGAUUCCAGAGAACAACCUUCCCUACUUGCACAAGCGUCCUCAGGUGCGCGCCCUGCUGCUGUCGGCGCUCUGCGUGGGCGUCAGCGUCACCUGGAUGGUGUUUCGGAACGAGGACCAAUGGGCGUGGGUACUGCAGGACACCCUGGGGAUUGCCUUUUGUCUUUACAUGCUCAAGACUGUCAGGCUGCCAACGUUUAAGGCUUGCACUUUACUGCUGACGGUGCUCUUCGUCUAUGACGUGUUCUUCGUAUUUAUCACACCCUUCUUCACCAAGAGUGGCGAGAGCAUCAUGGUGGAGGUGGCGGCUGGCCCCUCCGACUCGGCCACGCACGAAAAGCUUCCGAUGGUGCUCAAAGUGCCGCGCUUGAACUCCUCGCCUCUCGCCCUGUGCGAUCGGCCCUUCUCUCUGCUGGGCUUCGGCGACGUCUUGGUGCCAGGCCUGUUGGUGGUGUACUGCCACCGCUUUGACAUUUUGAUGCAGUCUUCCAGGAUCUACUUUGUCGCCUGUACAAUAGCGUACGGCGUGGGCCUGUUGAUCACCUUCGUGGCGUUAGCCGUGAUGCAGAUGGGCCAGCCGGCCUUGCUCUACCUGGUGCCUUGCACUCUGCUCACCAGCCUGGCGGUGGCACUGUGGCGCAGGGAACUGCCUCAGUUCUGGACUGGCAGCGGAUUUAUGCCUGCCAUAGCGCUCGCACCCAUCAGUUGCACGCAAACGACGGGGCCGCAGCCCGAGGGGUCGCCGGCCGCCGCCCCAGCCAAUCAGAGCGAAGAACCGGGUCUGCCUCAGGACACUCCCCUCCACGAGAACGAGGAGAAGCUCAACUAAAAGUGGCGCUCAUGCACCUUGACUUUAUUUUCCACAUUGUUUUGCAUUAUAUGGACGUUUAAAGGGAAAAAAAAGAGCAUAGGCGCUGCACUCUCUUGUUUAUACCUCACCUUUAAAGGGAAUCAUAGACAGAAAUAUGUUUGCAUUUCAGGCCCAAUACGACCAGGCGCCCGCUCACUGGCAUCGGGUCGUGUGCAUCGUCACUGUACAACAAAAAGCAUUUUAAUUGCAGAACUCUAGUUUAAUAAAGCAUCAUCCUGCAUUCAAUAUUUAAAAAGUCCAGCUCUCCAUGCAUUAUUUGUGAUUUGAAAAAAAAAAAAAAGAAAAGUGUUCUUUCCCGUUUUAAUUUUUAAUCCAAAAUAUGAAUUAAAAUGUUUUUUGCGUGUAUUUAAACAACUCCAAAUUUGUGGCUUUUUCCUUUCAGGAAAAAAGAAAAUAAAAGAUUAUGUAAUUUAAAAAUGCAUUUUUUUCCAGAUUAAAAACACAUUUAGGGUGAGAAAAUAACAGGUUUGACUUUUUAAAAAUAUGGAAUACUGGGAAUUUUUUUGUUGCUGCAUAAAGCAAUGUUUUAAAUGAGCUUGUUCUGAAACAAUGAGUAGCAGAUUUUCAUAUUUAAAAAUGUAAAUUGAGGAAGCGUAGAUGCUUUUUGUUGAUGACAUUCAAGAUGGUGCAAUCAGUGUUGUCAACUGAGCCAAACUUUUUAAUUUUCUUGUAAGUUAUUUAAAGUUUCCAUAUUCUCUAAGAUAAACCUAUUUUGUGUUUUGUAUUCUAUGAUGUGGAUUCUCAAGUAUUACAAAUAUAAUCUAUAGUCCAGAUCUGAAAUUCUAUCGGUGGAGCAAUAACAUUUCCCCCCCAAAAUUUUUUUAAUAAAAUAAAGCAGCAGCACUUUGGAUCCCCACACGAGUCGUUCAAGUUACACGAGAGUCAAAGUGACUAUGAAACAUUUGCACAACUCAUGCUCCGCAAGUCCCAAUUUCUGUGUUUUAAAAUAUAUCAUGUGUUAUAUACUAUGCUGUAUAGGUUUUAAAACCAAUGUACUCUUUAGUUGUGUGAAGAUGAUUUGUUCUCGUUGCCUCUAUCGAGGACAGCAUAGAACAAAACAUUGACUUUUGCAGUUGAGUAAAUAAAACACUCUUUCUGGAAAUACCUUCA